AUGAUUAACCUCCCGCAGCUUAUCUGGUUUCUGUGUCCAACGGUCGCUUUGUGCAACCAGCAUGUUCGUACCAUCACUGCCCAUGUUCCUCCUAUGUGGUGUAGAUCAUUUACCAGUAACGAUAACGUCGAUCAUUGGGGUACUGUGGAAACGUGGAACAUUGCCCUGGCCAGCGUGAAGGUUGCAAUCUCGACCUACCAGGUUCUUUAUGAUGCCCUGGUCCAUAGGUUUGUAACUAUGGACCGGUUGUCCUUGAUUAUCUUCGAUGAAGGCAAUAAGAUAAUGCGAGAAUACUAUCACACUGAACCACAGAGCCAUGACAAACAAACACCAUACAUCCUGGGCCUCACAGCGUCUCCAAUUUUGUCUAAUAUUUCCACCUUAGAGGAAAUUGAGAGAAGACUACACAGCCCGUGCAAGACGCCACGCCAGUUUUAUGCGCAGCUGUUACGCUUUACAAACCAACCAUUAAUUGUGCCCCUAGUGCCGUUGCGUGGCUCAAUGACGAGUCCAAGUCCGUCAUUGAUACUCGAAAGAAUACGUGGACUUUUACAAUCAUCCUAUGAACGAGGUUCAUAUUCGAGAAAUGCAAAAAGACAACUUACUCGCUUUAGCAACCAAGCGGAAAUAAUAGGGAGGGAGCUAGGACCUUGGGCCGCCACGAAGUACAUUCAGACUUCAAUUACUCAAUUCAAAGAACACAUGCGAAUGAAUGCUGAGAAAACACACACUCCGAGCCCUGAACGAGAAUAUGCUAUGGAGAUGCUUUGCAAGCUAGGUAAUAUAGAAGAUUAUGACGAGCUAGUUCACUCUGAUAAUAUCUCACCCAUGAGUCAACGCUUACUUGAUACUCUUAUCGAGGAACAUAGGAAAGGAUUCCGGGCUCUGAUAUUUGUCUCAUUGCGAGCAACUGUACUUGCAUUGAAAUGGCUGAUAGAAAAUCACCCAGAAACACGCCGACGAUUUCGUUGUGGGACAUUUGUGGGUAUGUCCCGGAUUCACCAAAGCAAAACCAGGCUCGGAGAUGUUCAUGAUAUCCGAAGCCAAAUGGAAACACUUCAAAAGUUCCGGGACGGGGUCCUAGACCUUAUUAUUACUACCGACGCACUGGAGGAAGGAAUGGAUAUACCGGCAUGCAACACAGUCCUGAACUUCAACUGUAUCUUAAAUUUAAAAUCAUUCAUUCAGCGUCGGGGGCGCGCACGGAGAGAACAGUCCAAAUUCUUCAUUUUCCUUCAGGAUGAAGAGGAUCUAAAAAAUGUGAGCCUACUCCAGUUUCGGGAGAGUGAGCUGGUUAGAAAACUUCAAGAUGAGGGAAGGACAGUGCUCCCAGACAGCUUGAACCAUGAUGAACGGCUCAGAGACUCAUUAGCUUUCAGUUCUUCCACAGGAGCUCAAAUGACUAUGGGAAAUGCCAUUAGCCACCUGUAUAGGUUCUGCGGGGAAUUACCGGCUCAGCCAUUUGUGAGCAAUAGUCCUGCAUUUAGCUACGAGACGGACGAGUGCGGCCAGGUACAGGCAAUCGUCAGGCUGCCCAGCAAUCUUGACCCAUCUCUCCAGACGUUCAAGAGUCUCAGGAAAUGGGCGAAGAAAAAGUGGGCAAAGGAAGAUGCAGCCCUGCAAGCAUACAAGGCCUUGUUUCACGCCAGGCUUAUCAAUGAUCACUUUCUACCCUUGCGACUGUCAGACAUCAUUGGAAAGGAUCUCUCACCAAAAUCGCACUAUAUCAUAUCUGAGCAGCUAGAUCCUUGGCAUGAUGUGUCUUUGCUCUGGUCUCGCGGAGGGGAGCUCUUUAGCCAUGAGCUUCGCAUUGCUAGACCACAGCGAGAAGACAUUGAACUUUUCAUGAUUCUCCCAGUCCCAUUGAGAAUCGAAACUCGUAUUCCAUUGUUCCUAGGUUCUGGGACGGAGUAUAAGGCAGUUGUGAGCUCGGCCAGACCAGUUUCCACGGACAUUUCGAUAUGUCAACAGGUGACGCAUUUAAUUCUACAGUCCAUACAUCAAUGCCACGGCACCCAAUUAAACAUGGACUAUGUUAACAUCAUUGUCCCAGAAAGGGAUCCCGCUGCGAUGUCUAAAUUCUUAGAGGCUCAUUCCGGAAGGACAAGCCUGGCUGCCUGCUUGCAGCAGCGCCCAACUGUGCCCGGUUCGCUCGGCCUCUUGCGCCAUGUCACAAAGACCUCUCGCCCACUGCGUAUCGAAGUCAUAGAUGGACACGAGUGCCAGGACCCUCAUAGAGACGGGGUUAACCUACGAAUUAGAGGCAAGAUACAUCCAUUGACCCGACGUCGCAACUUUCUCUACGAUCCAAAGAUAGUGACGGUCACACCGACAGAGAACCAGCACUCCACAAGUUUGGUCCGGCAGGGAUUGAGCGAGUUGGCAGCUGAUGAUUAUUUGGUCGAUCGGCUUCCAUCUAUCUAUGCCGAAGCUGCCCUGUUAGCUCCGAGCAUAAUUCACCGAAUUGGAGUAUAUCUGAUCGCAGAAAAAUUGAGGAAACAGAUCUUUUCAAACCCCCAAGCAGCUCGUUUCGAACGAAUGGACUUGCUAUGCAUUGCUCUCAGCCCAACCGAUGAUAUGCAUCGCCACGAGUUUCGCUCUAUGGCGUUUAUCGGGGACGCGAUAGUAAAGUUUCUCAUAACGAGACAGCUAUUUCUGCAUCACACUCUGUGGCACGAGGGCCUUUUAACUAGCGUGAAGGAUUCCAUCGUGUCAGAUACGGGGCUUGCAGCCGCGUUGUGUCAUUCUGGGUUUGGAUCCUAUCUUAUAACUACACGGUUCAACGGGAAACGGUGGCGGCCGUCUUUCGUAUCAACAACACUGUCAAAAAGUGGUCCCACCAGGCGGAGAUAUGUUGGCGCUGCUACUGUUGCUGAUAUGGUCAAGGCGUUGGCCGGCGCUGCCUUCCUAGACAACGGACUGGAUCAGGCUUUCAUAUGUGCAGCAGCAAUGAUCCCCAAGAUCAAGUCCUGGACUACAAUAUCUCUCUACGAUGGCACUUAUUCUAAGUCUCGGCCAUCCAAGUCACUGGGUGCCUCAACCAUAAUAGAUCUGGAAGCCCUGCUUGGAUACACAUUUUCUGAUAAAAGUCUGGCGAUAGAAUCAAUGACACACCCAUCCUGUGUCGGACUCUACGGGACAGCAUCUUAUCGACGUCUAUCCUUUCUUGGGGCCGGCAUCAUCGAAUUGGUAGUUGUCAGGUACUUACAUAGGCAGAAGAGCUUUACCAGCUCCAAAAGGCUGCAAUCUCUGAAAUCCGCUGUGACCAACAAUAUGUUCCUUGCAUUCCUGUGUCUCACGUUCCAUUGGGAGAAGCAACACGAUAUUAUUGAGGUCGAUAGUAUGGGCGUCCCAAGCGUCAUUCAGACCCGUGGCCGAGUAGCGCUUUAUCAUUUUCUACGCUCACAGAGCGACUCUCUCUCAGACAAGGUAUCCAGUCUGGUGGAAGAUCUCACCAGUCAGCUCCACGUCAUCAAGAGGGAUCUAUGGGAAAACGGAAUAUAUCCCUGGGCACGACUAAGUGUCUUUCGGGGUCUCAAAGUAUUCUCUGACAUUGUCCAGAGUGUUUUCGGUGCGAUAUACAUCGAUUCUUUGGCUAGCUUACAGCAGUCGGAAGCUCUGGCCGAAAGACUGGGAAUCCUGCCACUUCUUGAGCAUUUUAUAUCUCACGAUGUGGUGACAGAUCAUCCCAAACAGCCGGCUCCUACACAAGCACAGAAUCUCUGGCAGGAUUCACCAGGCGAGGGUACAGCGCAUGUCAAUCAAAUAUAG